AGCUGAUUCUGCCAUACAUUUCAUCAGUCUACGACGAUCUCCUCGUGAAGACACUGUGCUCUCUCCAGUCCCUCGUACAAUCUUCUUGAUUUUCGCCCAACUCGACUUGAAUUUGUGGAUUUACUCGCCUUCGUUCUUAUCUUCCAUUUUGAAAGCAAUCAGCUCCCAAAUUCCAAAACAAAACAAGAUGGCCAUUUCACGCAGUGCAGUAUUCGUUCUUGUGGUGAUGAUCGGAGCCGCGUGCGGCGCUUCGCUUAGCAGCAACACCAAGCCAAUCAACGGCAAGCCAUCAUUGAUGGCUAUCGCCAAACAGGUGUUUGCCGAUCGGGAAGGAGCCGCCGUUGAACGACAAGCCGUUGAACAGGACAGCUACUUGGAGGCUCUUGAAUACUCUCAAAACUCUGCCGCUCUGCAAGGAGAAGGUGGCGGCAUCGGUGGAUUCUUCCGCUCAAUCCAGUCUGCCGUCUCUGAUGCUGGUCUGAGCCGCGCAGGUAUCGCCGCUGCUGCCGUUGCUGUUCCCCUCGUCGCCAUUGGUGGUUUGGCCCUUCUCAGCCCAUUGGCUCUUGGCCGCAAGAAGCGUGACCUCGAAUCCGAAGAUAACAAACCAGAUGCCGUUGAUCGUCUCCGUGCCCGCGUUUCCGACAUCUACACCGACGUCGUUAAAUCUGACGAGUGCAUGGAACGAUUGGUCUGCGAAUUGGGCGGUGCUGCCAAGAACAUUUACUACAAGGACUCUGUCAUCCGCGUGAUGAACUACUUCGCUCCCGCUUCUUACAAGAAGUACUUGACCACACUGAAGAGCGCUGCCUACACCGGUGACGUUUCCAAGUGCCGACUCAUCAAGUGCCACCCAAUUGGCUUGUAAUCCCAUCUACACAAAAAAAAAAAAAAACACAUUUUAAAUGCUCAGCCGAGUGAAGUGUCAAAGAACCGACCUCGGGAAAAGCCCAGAUGAGGUGCAGCGCAAGUCCUUCUUCUGCAAUUUUUCUUUAUUUUUAAUUUCCAAUCUUUUCGGAUUUUGCAAUUCAUUCUUACUAAAACAAAAAAAAAACAACAUCGACUGACGACGACGAUGACAGAUGACAACGACAAAGCGUUUUUAAAUUAUUACGUUACAAAUGGUGGCUUGCGUUGAUCAUUAUCCAAAAUUGUUUUUAAAAAAAUUAUUUUUUUUUCUUUUGUUUUUUUGUUUUUUGUUGCGGGUUUUUUUGUUUUCGAUUGAAGAAGACGCUAUUCACUUCUAUCAACACACUUCCAGUCUCUCUUUUUAUAUAUACAUAAUAGACACAUUGGAGAAUUCGA